AUGGGUACCCUGUUGUAUACAAUUUCAGUGAUUCGCCGUUUUUCCGUCCAAUUUGCCAGUUCCGCCAUUGUUUGGCUGACGGUCAAUGUAAGGAAUGACCCAUGUUUGUUUUCAAAAGUGAACGAUGACUGGCUACCGUACGCCGUGAGAGAGUAUCAGAGGAUACAGCAGACAAUCAGCGAGCAACAUCUGACCGGUAAAGAGCUGGACAAUUUCGAGGUCGGAAUCAGACGGGGGGUCCUCGAUAUAUUGAAAGCUUUGAGGGAACAAUCGUUCUACUUUUACGACGAUAUCACUUUUUUCGAAAAUCAACCCGUGACGCGAAAUGCUUCUCAUGCUGAUUAUCUAUUGGUUAGUGAGGAGGUAUAUUCCAACGUCAUCCUUAACCAACCCAGUCUGCGCUACCUGCGAUUAAAUUUCCCCUACCGGCAAUUCCCUCUGGAAGAAGAAGUUGACCUGCUCAUUUCCGUUGUACGAGAGAUGUGUCUUGAGGUGCUUCCCGGAAAUCUCCCAGGAAAGGCAUCUGAGGCACCAGAGGUGGUGACGCAACUGAUGGGAUUUCUCAUCACUGGGCGCAAAUUACACGACGGAACCGUACAACUCGGGAUGGCCAUGGCACACUUGAUUCUACGCCAAUUGCAUGUGGCCGCAUCCAGCUUGCACCAAAAUGCUGAUUUGUGCAAUAUGUUCGAACAUAAACCUACCAGAAAGCUACGGCAAGCACAAAGCUCAAGCGAACCGAAAGAGAAUGGCGCUAAUGUGGCAGGGAAACCUGUGUAUAAAAAGCGAAGCGAAUGUCAACUGUUGAAUCCUUUGCAUCAGCGCAUAAAAGCCGGGAAAUUCCAGUUUAUUCGUCAAGUUGGACGAUAUCUACCGUUUAUGGUUCAGAUCAAAGAAGAGGUGGAUAUUGCAAUUGAUGACUGCGCCGAGGUGAUUAAUAUACGAGAAGAGAUAUUGGAAACAACUCUAGAACUUGAGGCAAUUCUGUUCUCCACUGAUUCGGAUAAAAAGAUACUCAAAACAAAACUCAGAGCGAAUUUGAUGGACCAGAUGGAGCGAUACUACAUGCUAGUCUGCUUUAACGCAUACUUACGAGAUCAGACUGCAAAGCGGUUCAGCCUCAGUUUCACCGAAUGGAUGAGAAAACACCCGAAAUUGUACCAGGUGUUGGUGUAUUUGGAUGUGACAGAAUGGUUCACCACAGUCGACUUGAUCAAGCAAGGAAACCGAAUUUUGCUUUCCCAAAACGCGAUAAUGUCCGACGAGUUGUGCACACGGAGGACCACGGGGCUGUCGAAUUUCCGUCAGUUGGUUGGAUGGCCUAUCUACGGUGCUUCGCAGCCAGACAUCGCUACCGUGAAACGCAUACACCGAAUGGUCGCUGCCGCAUAUUGGGAUGUGGCACUUAAGGGGAUGCGCGUAGACGACAGUAUACCUAGACCGGACGUGACUGACUCAAAGCGUGUUCCCAUCUCAAUGCCAUGUAUGAUUUGGGUUUGUCUGCGAAACGAGUACGUGAUCGGAUGCGGGGACAACAUGUAUGCUUGGCGCGUUAAAGAGGCACCCAUGGAACCGGUGGUACUGAAAGGAAUCAGUGGACCCGAACUGGAGGAGUAUGAAGACCGAUUUGUCGAAAGUAUCCAAAAGCUCAAUAUAACGUGCACCCCUCUACGGUUGGAUUUUGAAACGGACACCUUUGUACCAGAAAGCGCAAUUACCUUGACGCAGGCGAUAUCCACGAAAGAAAUGUUCAAACGUGCAUUUUCAUCGGACACCGAUCCGGCUAAUUUAACUACUUCGGAAGGGCAAUCGUCCGGAAUUCCAGAGUCUUACGCCAAAUAUGUGGAACAACAUGCCGAAUACCACCGAGUGUGUGUUUCAGCAUCUGGCCUUCCAUCACCCGCAUCUCGCGAUGAAAAGGACCCCGUUAAGAAGGAAGAACAGAAAAGAAAAAGUUUGGCUUUUUUGGAAGAAUACUUCUAUCUAAUUCUAUUCAACAUGUAUCUCCAUGACUGUCAAGCAACCCGCUGGAAACAUUCGUUCGAGGUUUGGAUGGAAGAGGUCACUAAAAAGUGUAAUUACAUGGAAUUGUUAGACAACUUUGGAUUUCCAGAAUUCGAGCAGAUCGACGCUUUGGGCCGACUACGCACCAGAUGGAGGCCACACGUCACUGCAGAUUCGAACUUCAACGGUGUAUAUUGAGAAAUACUUUUGUUGAAUCACAAAGGUCUCUUGUCCAUCCCAGUAGUAGCAGCUGUGUCACUCAGAAUGAGUACAAACCGUGCGUCAGCGAGACCCAAAUCAUGGAAGCGUGUCCGCUGACCUUGAGCCCAUACAACUAUUUUGUCAACUAUUACAGGGACAUGCCUAAAGUACUAACUUUGCCAAGACCAUCGAGCACCUGGGCUUGGAACGUGAUUUAUUCGACAAAUGUGUAUAACAAAGGAACCAUAUAAAGUACAGUUAGAUGCAUUCACACACACACACACGAUUAGCUUUCCAACCGCCGCACGAAGACAUAAUGAGUUGGUUCCCAAACAGUUGUUUUUCUUUGGCCACGUUCCAGUGAACCAGACAUGAUUAGACCUCUG